GACAAGCGAAGUCAUUCAUGACAGUCACCUGACUAAAACAAAUUCAACUCCAACAUGCUAACGGGAUACACUGGGCAGAGUACAGAUGCAUUUUAACUGUUGUUAAGUGAAGCGUUUACAGUAUUUGUUGCGACUGCAUGGGGAGAUGUAUAUUGUCAUCAAUGAAGACCAUUUGUGGUUAAUCAUACAAGCUAAGUGGAUGAAUGCUCCUCUGUAGCCUCUUCCAGACUGACUGUUGAACAAUUCAAGAAUAGAAAAUGCCUCAAUCAGCGGCUAUCAUCGGUGGGAUCCAGCGACUGGUUCUGUACGAGACCAGAGCAAGGUAUUUUUUGGUUGGGAGCAAUCAUGCACAGACCAAACAUCGAGUCCUAAAGAUUGACCGCACAGAACCCAAGGACCUCGUUAUAAUUGACGAUAAGCAUGUGUAUAACCAGCAAGAGGUAAGGGAGUUGCUGGGCCGCCUGGACCUGGGCAACCGGACUAAGAUUAGUCAGAAGGGUUCCUCUGGCCUGUCCAGGACUGUCUCAGCUUUUGGCAUUGUGGGAUUUGUGCGUUUCCUAGAGGGGUACUACAUCGUGUUGAUCACGAAGCGCAGAAAGAUGGCUGAUAUUGGGGGCCACUCCAUCUACAAAAUUGAAGACACCACUAUGAUCUACAUUCCCAAUGACUCAGUCAGAGUUACACACCCCGAUGAAGCAAGGUAUCUCAGGAUCUUUCAGAAUGUGGACCUUUCCAGCAACUUCUACUUCAGUUACAGCUAUGACCUGAGCCACUCACUGCAGUACAACCUGACUUUGCUGCAGAGACCUUAUGAACAAUGGUCUUCAGCAGCUUCCUCUACUGAGGAAGAGGUACACACACAGAGCAAGCAGGACAGCUUUGACAUCUUUGAAGAUGAGGGUUUGCCUACAAAAGUGGUUUAUGGCCUUUACAACGAGCCUUACUACAAAUAUGUGUGGAACGGGAAGCUCCUGGAGCGAGUCAAGGACAUAGUGCAUCAUGACUGGCUUAUGUAUAUAAUCCAUGGAUUUUGUGGCCAGUCCAAACUUCUGAUCUACGGCCGACCGGUUCACAUCACCCUGAUUGCCAGGCGCUCCAGCAAAUUUGCUGGCACCCGUUUCCUCAAAAGGGGAGCCAACUGUGAGGGGGAUGUGGCUAAUGAGGUAGAGACUGAACAGGUCGUCCAUGACGCCUCAGUUAUGUCUUUCACAGCAGGGAGUUACUCCUCAUAUGUCCAGGUGCGAGGCUCCGUCCCACUCUACUGGUCCCAGGACAUUUCCACCAUGAUGCCAAAACCUCCAAUUCGAUUGGACCAAGCUGACCCAUACGCCUAUGUAGCUGGCCUCCAUUUUGACCAGAUGCUACAGCGGUUUGGCUCACCCAUCAUCAUCCUCAACUUGGUCAAGAAGCGUGAAAAAAGGAAACACGAGAAGAUUCUGAGUGAGGAGCUGUUCCGUGCUGUGGUCAACUUGAAUCAGUUCCUCCCUCCCUCCCAUUGCAUAGACUAUAUCGCUUGGGACAUGGCCCGAUACACCAAGAGCAAGUUGUGCAAUGUUCUCGACCGUCUGAGUAUGAUAGCAGAGAACGUGGUCAAGCGAACGGGUUUCUUCAUUAAUCGCUCUGACUUCUACUGUCACACUCUCAGACCAGAUGAAAGGUGGGGAGAUGUAGGUGGACAAAUAACAUCCACUGGGCGACUGCAGACUGGUGUGUUGCGGACCAACUGUGUGGAUUGUCUUGACCGGACCAAUACUGCCCAGUUCAUGGUGGGCAAGUGCGCUCUGGCUUAUCAGCUUUACGCGCUGGGAAUGAUUGACAAACCCAAGCUCCAGUUUGAUACUGACUGCGUGAGGUUGUUUGAGGAGUUGUAUGAAGACCAUGGAGACACUCUGUCACUGCAGUACGGGGGCUCUCAGCUCGUGCACAGGGUCAAGACUUACCGCAAGAUUGCACCCUGGACACAGCACUCCAAAGAUAUCAUGCAAACGCUGUCACGGUACUACAGCAAUGCUUUCUCAGAUGCUGACAGACAAGAUGCAAUCAACUUGUUCCUCCAAGUUUACCAGCCAUCAGAGUUUAAGCCACACCUUUGGGAGCUUCCCACAGACUUCUAUCUGCAUCAUACAAGCACCAUGGCCAUCCCCCAAGACAGACGGAGCUAUACACUCUGGUGGUCAGAGGGAGUCCUGUCCUACCUUCCUGUCCCCUAUGAUGAAGUUCCCUGUGAGGAAAAUAUGAAUAAGGUCAAAGUGAAGAGAAUGAACCAGUUGGACGAGAGUAUUGACAUUUACACGGAAUUCUUCAAACCGUAUGAACUUACCUCCUUUGAUGACACGUUCUGCAUUGCCAUGACCAACUCUGCAAGGGAAUUUAUGCCCAAAACAGUGGGAGCGGAUCCAAACCCGUUCACAGUGCGCAAGCCAGAGGAAACGGGAAAAUCAGUGCUGGGCAGCAAGAGCAGUAAAGAGGAGACGAUUCUCCAGAGGAAGACUGCAGCUAGCGCACCUCCUCCCCCGAGUGAGGAGGCCAUAUCUAGCACAUCAGAGGAUGACUCCGAGGAGGACCGUGAGGAUGAGGGGACUGUAUCUCAACGAUCCACACCGAUCAAACUGCUAACGGAGUCUGGAGAGAGUAGUCGCACCCAGGAGGAGGUUUAUCACCAGCAUAUGGCAAAGGAGCCUUAUGGACUCAAUCUGGCUGAGUUUCCCUCUGAAGAUGACCUACUCAUUUACCAAAGGUUUGCUCACUUGGGUGAGAGCCAGCACAGAGUGGAGAGAACUGAACACAUAAACCCGGCAAACAUCAUCUGUCUAGAGCCAGUGUCCUGUUUCCCAGAGGACAGCAUCUAUGCAGUUUUACCUCCACAGGUGGGCAAAAACAGCCAGGAGGUAUUUGAGUGCCAUGUGAUGACCGGUCAGGGCCAGGUGAGGGCGUUGUGCAGAGAGGACAUGUUGAUGUACAGGGAAUACAUCAAAAACAGAUAUAUGUGAGACACGGAUAAUACAGACUGGAUCUCUGUUACCAGUGUGAAUGGGAAGCACGAUCAGCUGCUGAAGAUGUUUCGUCGUCAUUAAUCAUGUUUGCUACUACAAACAAAUGCAAAAUAAAAUGUUCUAUUUGAAAUUGAUGUGGGGGGUUUUCUAUGGUAAAGGCUGUAAAAAAAACAAAGAUAACAGUGCAUGAGAACUCCGCUUGGCCUGUACUAGAACUGAAGAAAGGUUUUUUUUUUAUAGAAGUCUUUUUAAUUUUUUGCGAUCCACAAGCGUCAUUCAAAAUUGAAAUACUUUGAAUGUUAGAUUUAUCAUUCAAAACUGCACACAUUAAACUGCAUCACAGACUGGAGUUCAGGGGUUUGAAAGAGUCAGGCACUUACAAGCCAGUCGUUAUAGUCUGUGAGGUCAGGACACGUUCAUGUCCUUGUCUUUCCUUUGAGGGGUUUUUUUUUUUGUUUUUUUUUUUUAUUUCUUCAGCAACCUGGAAAUUUCUCCUCCUCAGAUGUGUUGCAUUCCUUUUGUUAAACAGUUUAAGCUUUACCAUUUUUAAAGUGCCUUUUGAGAUUUUUUUUGCAUUAUUUAAAAAUAGGGGGCAUUUGUCCUGUAUUGAAGAGUGCACUGGUUAAUUUAAAUAAACUGUGUAUUCUUUUGUUGUUAAUGAUCUGUACAGAAAAACGUAGCAGUGAUAGCUUGAUAUUUGAUUUGUUUUUGUUUUUUCAAACCUUGCCACCAGUUUACAAAGUCACACACUAAUUUAUGUUGCAGAAAUGCUCAGAUCAGAUCAUCAUUGUGUACGUUAGUUCUACAAUAAAAUUGUAUUUAGUAACAAAG